AUGAAUGAAUGCUUUGAUCCUGCAAAUUAUAGUCCAGCACCGGUUCCGUACGAUGUACUAUCCGCAACAAAGCAAUCAUCUAAAAAAAAGAACAAAGCUAAGAAGUCUACUACAGGGAGUUCGCCGUAUUCAAAUAAGAGUAAAUCAUUAAAUGCAACAAAAAAGGGAGUAAAAACUUCACAUGAACGAUGGGUUGAAGCUGUUCGUUCAAGAACUGCUGCACUUACGCCUCAAAGUAGCAUGGGACUAGCUCCUGGGAUCAAGAAUCCAGCACAAAAGAGCAUGAGUCAAUAUUUACAGACACUACUAAAGGGAGGUGACCCUGAAGUUGAAAUACAGAAGCCAAAGCGAAAUGCUAAAACUCGAAAUUCUGUAAAUGGGUUUUCUUAUAAGCCUCAAGAAGAUAUGCACGAUGAGAUUAUAGAACAAAAAAAGAUUGUUGCUAAUCUAAGAAAAGAGAUUGAUAAUCAACGCGCAGCGAUCAGAAAAUUAGAACUAGAAACAAAUAGAAAGGAUAAACGAAUAGAGCAACUAAUACAAACAGGAGAGGAGGAACGUACGAGAACCUUUGGCGAUAAAAAACUUGAAGCAAGCUCGAUGGUAAGCACUUUGAAGCAAAGAAUCAAUUCUUUAGAAAAGGCUAAUCGAGAAAAAGAAAAGGAGAUUAGUAAAUUAAAGGACAACAUAAAAAAUACACAAAUAAAGGAAAUUGAAAUUCACAUGGAUUCCUAUUAUCAAGAGAUUCUUAGGUUACAAACUUUAUUGAAGGCGAAAUCAGAUUCUAUUGUACCCAAAAAAUUGAUUACGGGGCACGAUGAAGAUAAAGCAAAAUUAAAAUCAUUAAGCGAAACGGUAUCUAAAUUGAAAGAAACAAACGAAAAAUUGACAGAAGAAAAUGAAACUUUGACAACCGAAAUAGAUAAACUGAAAUCAGAAGUAAAAACUACUACUACUGCUAAGAAAACUUCCAAGUCAGCUAAGGCUCAAGAAGAGAUAGAUGAAGAUGCCUUGGAACAGUUAUCCAAGAAGGAAAUUAUUAGGAAAUUUUCCCUAUUAAGCAAGAAAUUACAUGUAGCCGAUGAUGAUUUAAAAAUGCUCGGUGGCAUGACUAUCGAAGACGAGAACAGCAAUGAUUCUAAACCAACUCCAUUGCAAGGAUCACUGGCUGAUCGUGUCAGACAACUUCAAGCUCGAGAAAUUGAAUUGUUAGACGAUCGCAAAAAAUUAAGAGCGGUAGUCAAAAAGCUGAAGGAGGACAGAACUCAUUACAGAAAUUUAAGCGACACACUACAGAAAAAAUUAGAUGAUGGUGGUAGUAAGGGCAGCUUAAAAUCAGUAGGAAAUCGUCAGCAGAGUGAAAGCUCUGAAAGGAAUAAGGGGAAUGAUACUAAUGAAGAUGAUAAAGCGACUAAAAGAAAAGAGGCUACGAGUUUAGCUAAGCAACUAAGCAAUAUCCGAGAGCAAGAUGCUAAGUUAGACCCAGAAGAGUGGUGCAUCUUAAUUCAAUCAGCAAUAAGGGGACAUAUGAAUCGCAAGCAGUUUCUGGAUGAUCCUAAUGCUUAUAUUAGGAAAUCAGUUCCAUCCGAUGAUGAGGUUACAACCUAUAGUACCAAGUCAAAAUUUAAACUAGGAAGAUCGUCUAGCACAAGCAGUCAGGAUGGAGGUUCAUUUCGAAAGCAGUCCCUUUUUAGUAGCUCAAGAGAUCAGCAAGAACGAUACAAACGCUCCGCAAAGCAAGACAUAGAUUCUGAUGAAAAUGCUGGCAGUGCAUGGAGAAGUCGAUCAAUGGAUCAUGACAACAGAAAAACAUCAAGGUACGCAAAUGAUAAGUCUGACGAUGAGGAUGAUAAUGAUUACAGCUAUCGCUCUCGUUCAAGUGCAACUUCGAGAGGUAAAAGAAAUUCCAGAGUAGAUCAAAAUUCCGAAGAUUCUGAAUCUUCAGAUGAUGCUGUACAAACUUCGAAAGGAAGAAAUACUUCUUCAUCUUACAAAGAUCAGAAAAAGCCUAAAGCCACAUGGGGCUCAAGCCGACUAUCUUCAGAUGAUGAUGAUAGACAUCAUUCUAGCAAGCAAGGGAAAAAGGGAAAGAAAGGAGCAAUGAAACAUAGUUUGAGUGGACGCUAUGAUGUUAGUGCAUGGGCUGUCGAUGGUGAUGACCUCUAUGGUAAUAAUAAUAAUAAUCGAUAUGGACAUUCGAAAAGAAACGACAGAUUGUCGAAAGGGGAUGAAUUAUGGUAG